UGCAUUACCUGAGAAUUGGACAGUAAUCAGUAUUCAUUGGUACCUGCUACGUUAGCGUAGCUGUUGCUGGACAAAAAUUCAAACGUAAUUCAAACUAUACUUAGUUUUAAUGGAAAAAUUCUGUACCAAUUUCUCUUCCAGUAAAAGUAUUAUACAGUUAAAUUGAAUGAACUUAAAACUAAGAAAGCCAUAAUGAAAAAAUUGCGUUUAUCCCAUAUUUCGACGAGAUGGCGGUCAACUGCUGCUGCACCAGCUGUGUCUUCAGGAACUAUCGACUCAUUUGAUGAAGCUGAAAACUUAGCUAAAGCCAAACCCUACUGUGAUGUUCCGGGACCAACUCCAUGGCCAAUUAUCGGAAAUACUUGGAGAAUGUUACCGAUCAUUGGUCCUUACCAGAUAUCGGAUUUGGCUAAUGUAUCGUACGUACUUUACAAGCAAUACGGAAAAAUGGCAAAACUCGGUAAUCUUGUUGGACGUCCGGAUUUAUUGUUCGUUUACGAUGCCGACGAAAUAGAAAAAGUUUACAGACAAGAAGGAGAUACGCCAUUUAGACCCUCUAUGCCUUGCUUAGUUAAGUACAAGAGUCAAGUUCGAAAACAGUUUUUCGGUAGACUUCCCGGAGUAGUCGGCGUGCAUGGAGAACCAUGGAGAGAAUUUAGAACUAAAGUUCAAAAGCCAGUACUACAGCCUCAAACCGUAAAAAAAUAUAUACAGCCCAUCGAAGAAGUCUCCGACUACUUUAUCCAAAGAAUGCAAGAAAUGAAAAACGAAAAUUCUGAAAUGCCUGCUGAUUUCGACAAUGAAAUUCACAAGUGGGCAUUGGAGUGCAUAGGUCGAGUGGCUUUAGAUGCUAGACUGGGUUGUUUGAGACCCGAUUUACCUCAUAAUUCAGAGCCGCAAAAGAUUAUAGAUGCAGCGAAAUACGCUCUUCGUAAUGUAGCUCUGCUAGAACUAAAAUAUCCAUUUUGGCGUUAUUUGCCGUCAACGCUUUGGAAGAAAUACGUGUCUAACAUGGACUAUUUUAUCGAAAUAUGUAUGAAGUAUAUAGAUGACGCCAUGCUGAGAUUAAAAACCAAACCAGCGAUAGUCAAUGAAAGCGAAUUGUCUUUGGUGGAAAGAAUAUUAGCUAACGAACCCGAUCCCAAAACUGCCUACGUAUUAGCGUUGGAUCUUAUUCUUGUCGGAAUAGACACGAUAUCGAUGGCUGUAUGUUCAAUGCUUUAUCAAAUAGCGACGAGGCCUGAAGAACAAGAAAAAAUAUAUCAAGAAAUGUUAAAAGUGCUUCCCAACAAAGACGACAAAUUAGAUGCGAGUAAAUUGGAAAAAAUGAUUUAUUUGAAAGCAUUUAUCAAAGAAGUAUUACGGAUGUAUUCAACUGUGAUAGGAAACGGUAGAACAUUACAGAAAGAUAUGGUCAUUUGUGGUUACAGGAUACCAAAAGGCAUUCAGCUAGUAUUUCCAACUAUUGUUACGGGGAACAUGGAAGAGUAUGUGACGGACUGUACACAGUUCAAACCCGAAAGAUGGAUGAAACAGUCGACCGGAUAUAUUCAUCCAUUCGCAUCGCUACCAUAUGGUCAUGGACCUAGAAUGUGCUUGGGAAGAAGAUUUGCUGAUUUGGAAAUGCAAGUAUUCAUCGCCAAGUUGAUCAGAUCGUACAAGCUGGAAUAUCAAUACGAACCGUUGAAAUACAAAGUGACAUUCAUGUACGCCCCGGACGGCGAAUUGAAAUUUAAAAUGACUGAAAGGUCUUAAAUGAUAGCUGAUAAUUUAUAAGAUAUGCUAUUUUUGUAUAAUCAUAAUGAUUAAUAAAUAAAUGUAUUUUUUAAUUUUU